UUCCGGGGUGGGGGGGGGUGUCGAAGCGUAGCGCGGAAGCGCGAUGGCGGGCGCUCCGGCGGGCCGGGCCGCGGGUGGCGCCGUCCUGCUCCUCCUGGCUGUCUGCCUGCGGCCGCCGCCGCUCGCCCGCGCUCGCAGCCUCCGCUUCGUGACGCUGGUGUACCGCCACGGAGACCGGUCGCCCAUCAAGGCCUACCCGCGGGACCCCUACCAGGAGGCCGCCUGGCCGCAGGGCUUCGGGCAGCUCACGCAGGUGGGGAUGCGGCAGCAGUGGGAGCUGGGCCAGGCCCUGCGGAGGCGCUACCGCGGCUUCCUCAACGCCACGUACCGGCGGCAGGAGAUCUUCAUCCGCAGUACAGACUGUGAUCGGACGCUGAUGAGUGCGGAGGCCAAUUUGGCAGGCCUGUAUCCUCCAGAGAGAGGAGAGAUGUUCAACCCUAAUGUUUCCUGGCAGCCUAUCCCUGUGCACACAGUGCCUGAGUCUGGGGAAAGGCUACUGAAGUUUCCAUUGACCCCCUGUCCACGGUAUGAACAGCUACAGAAUGAAACACGGCAUUCAGCAGAAUACACAAAUAAGACCAAAGAGAAUUUGCAAUUCCUGCAGAUGGUGGCAAAAGAGACUGGGAUCCGGGAUGUCUCCCUCGAGUCUGUUUGGAGUGUAUAUGACACACUGUUCUGUGAACAAGCACACAAGAUGAAGCUGCCAUUAUGGGUGACUCCAGAUGUCAUGACUCAACUGAAGCAAUUAAAAGACUUCAGUUUUCAAUUUAUGUUUGGGAUUCACCAUCGGACAGAGAAAGCUCGUUUGCAAGGCGGGGUCUUGCUGGAUCACAUUAGGAAGAACCUAACCAAAGCAGCAACCAUCUCUGCCCAUCAGCACCUGAAACUACUUGCCUAUUCUGCCCAUGACACCACACUUGUGGCACUGCAGAUGGCUCUAGAUGUCUACAACAAGAUUCAAGCACCAUACGCCUCAUGUCAUAUAUUUGAGCUGUACCAAGAGGAUGAUGGUAAUUUCUCUGUGGAGAUGUUUUUCCGGAAUGAGAGUGGGAAGGAACCUUUCCCACUGACACUCCCUGGCUGUCAGCAAAAAUGUCCCCUGCAUAAAUUUUUGCAACUCACUGAUCCUGUCAUUCCCCAGGACUGGGAGCAAGAAUGCCAGGUAGCAAGCACAGUGCAUGACACAGAACUGUUUGUGGCUCUGGCUGUGUGUGGCUCUAUUCUCUUUCUCCUUAUCAUCCUCCUGUUGACUGUACUCUUCCGCAUACAGUCUCAGCCCCCUGGAUACCGGCACAUUUCCAAUGAGGGAGAAGAGCAGGCAUGACAGUUGCUCCAACUACUUCCCAGGCAGCAGGAGGGAGCAGUGCUGCCCAUGAUGAUUGGGCACCUCAGUUAUUGAGCAUUCUUCUGCUUUGGCCAUUGCUUCCCAGAAAGAAGCUGGACAGUGAUUUUUGGAUGUUUUCUAAAGGUGAUGUCCAAGGGAGAGGACUGAGCUACUCUUCUGAAUUUUAAUUCUGAAGCCUACUGGUGUGUGGUGCCCCAUACAGCUUAACUAGUCUGGGACUCCCAGACUAGUUGGAGUUGGCCAUGGCCAGUUGGAGUUGCUGCUCCCCAGGAAGAAUUUUUCUCCUUUCAGUGAUUGUAAAUGUUACCACUCACCGUGGCAGAGGGGCCUGGGCCUCCAGCAGGUGUCAUGUCCAGUGUAGCCAGGAGUCACAUCUUUCUUUAGGGUCAGCCUGCUUUGUGCACUUUUCUCUCAAGCCACUGGGUUGAGGAUGGUAGGAAGGCUGGGUUUGGAGUAGAGGGCCCAGCUCACCAACAAUGCAUAGAGACUCAUCUAAUCUCCAUGCAGAGGGAGCUGCUGGAGAUGAUGGCAGAUCAACAUUUCUGAGGUUGCUGCUAAGUAAUUGCUGCUGGCAGCUGGUCUUUUUCCCCUCAACUUGUGCUUCAGGAAAGAAUCGGCCUGGACUCAGGACAGAAUUGGAAACCUAGCAGUAGUUUCUCGGAUUCAGCAGAGUAGGCUACAUGUGAUCAACAGAACCACAGCUUUAUCUUGUAAAUUAAUUAAUGUGAUUAUCCAUCCAUAGCAAACCUGCACACUUUUUGUGUGUGUUAGUGUGUGUGUGUGUAAUGUUGGCUAUAGAAAGGAGAGAGAGUCCCUGUAGAUAGGAAACUUGGGCCCUUUCUAAAAUUUCAUUUUUUGAAUUAGACCUCCCCAUAGUGAAUUUAUCUAUUUCUAGAGCCUUUUCAGAAAGAUCCAGGAAGAAUCCUGUAUUGUAGGUGGUCCAGACAUCCACUAUGAGCCCAAGAAAUAUGCUUUAUUGGCAGAAAGUUUUUAUAGCUGUUUACUUAAGACUAAAUGGCAACUUCCGUUGUCUUUCUUCCUCUCUUCCCCCCUGGAUAGCCUUACCUGCCCACUGUCCCACCCCUGCACCAAAAAGAAAAAAUCAGUAUUUGCAGGUAACUGUAGAGCCCGUCACCUGCCAGUGUCCCAUGUAUGAUUAUUUUUGUUUCAAGACCAGAUAGAUGGAAGCUGCAGGCUUCCCUCUGUGCACUGGAGCUGCUGUAGGAAACAAUGCAAAGUGCUCAACACCUGCCUUGUAGCUUUUGGCAGAGGAUGAGAGACCAUAGCAGGCACCAGAGGUACUGGCUGUUCACACUGUGAUGCUGCACAUUCACUUCCCUCUUUUAGUUCCCUUUCUGGUGCAGUUCCCUUCCCUUCUUGGCGGCAGAAGCUAGUUCUUAGGUUACAUACAUCUCCUAUGGAGCAUUAUGGGGACUUUUCCCUAUACCAUAAUAGGCAUCUGCCAGUAUGGGAACUCCAAAUCAGCAGAAGCAGCUUGCUGUUCUCAGCAUCUUCCUCACCUUUUUGUCCCCUGAAGAUACAAUCUAUGUCUUCUGCACAGCAAGACAGUCACAAAGAACAAGCAACUGCCUGGGAGAACAGGCACAAGGAAGAGGUACUAGAAAGUGCAUCUAAGGGGACUGGACCUGUUAUUUUUAAAGGCAGCAGAUUUUGCACACGCAGAGAAAAAGUUUCUAUGAUGAUUUUUGACUUUCUGACUGUGAAUGACUUUCUGUAAUUGUUCCAAUACAUUUCCUUUUUAUCAUUGAAA